AUUACGUAUUUUUUUAUAUUUCAUUGGAUCAUGGUUUAGAUCUGAGUUAAGGAGGGACAAUAUUCCCUGACACAAAGCCCCUCCUAUAAAACAGACUUAGAAUUUUACAAAGGUUUGUUGCCCACACCACAUAACUGACACAACCACAAGAAUAGGUGGUCAAGAGAAAGUGAGACAAACAAGGUAUCAGAAAAGAAUCUUACCCCAUUUGUUGGGUUUGGUGAUCCUUGUUUUCCGCAAAUUGAUCAAAAGAGUGUGAUCUGGUUCUUUCUUCUCUUCUCUGUUCUGCUGCUCUGCUGACAUGGACAUCGUGGACAUGAAUGUUUUUCCUAAGUUGUUGUGUGGAUGGAGUUGGGAGGAGAACAAGUUGUUUGAGCUGGCUUUGGCUGUGGUUGAUGAGGAAGACCCACAGCGCUGGGAAGUAGUUGCAGCCCUGCUUGGAGGCAAAAAAAGCGCAGAGGAUGUACAGAAACAUUAUGUGAUCCUUUUGGAGGAUUUGCAGGUUAUAGAAUCUGGUAAAUUGGAUCACAAACUGGGACAGCCGCAGAAUUAUGUUCAAGUGGUGGAUCAUUGCACUCAAUCCGUUUGCUGGACUGACGAAAAUAACAAUUUGCUGGUUCGGUUGGGCCUAAAUUAAAGUUGCUGGUCAUAGCAAGUGUAAUUACCGCAGUUUCAAAGAUCUGUCGGCAGCUUGUAAAUACCACAUUUCUCUUCUUGUAAUUCAGAAGUUAGUGAAAUUCAAGCCAGAUGGAUUGACCCUCCCAAA